GCAGAAGGAGAAAGUAGAAUUGAAAGCAGAAAAAAGCGCGGGAAUCGAAAUGGGAAGCAGUAGCAGGAAGAAGCAGCAACAAGAUCUGGAGUUAGAAAAAGUUCGCUUAAUCAGUUUAGCUCUCGAAUUCGGCUUCGACGAAUCCUCCGCCAACAAAUGUCUCCACCGUCUCAUCGCUCUCUACGGCGAAGACGGUCGCGAUUUCGUCACCGUCGAGCACUGCGGCGACGAUUUCCUCGCGGCUCUGGCGGAGUCCAUGCAGGCCACCGAGGAUUGGGAUGACCUGCAGGAAAUGGAAUCGCAAGCGUGUGGAACCUUGACGCACGUGCUCGACAAAGCUUCUGCCACGUGUGCCGAUGCGGAUAACGACGAUGCUUCCAGAAGCUUCGUUAACGUCGUUGACGACUCGCCUCUACCGCAGAGACGCAAACACCACACUAAUGUCGUGGAGUUGGUUUCGAGUGACGAUGAGGACAUGAAAUCUGUGGAUUACAGAAGUGGCAUCCCUCAAGGCUUGGUUUCAUCAACGUCCAGCAAAAUGCAAUCCACCUUUGCAUCAAAAGAUAAAAUCGCUACUCUCACUUAUGAAGAAUUGCAAGCACUAGAUGAUAUUGAAUUGGCAAACGUAGUUAUCUUUGGUAAUAGGACAUUUCGACCGUUGCAACAUCAAGCAUGUAAAGUAGCUUUGGCAAAGCAAGAUUCUUUUAUUCUUAUGCCUACUGGGGGUGGUAAAUCUCUUUGCUAUCAGCUUCCAGCAACUCUUCAACCAGGUGUUACUGUAGUUGUGUCUCCGUUACUUUCACUCAUCCAGGAUCAGAUAAUAACAUUAAACCUCAAGUUUGGAAUACCUGCUACUUUUUUAAAUUCUCAACAAACUGCUUCCCAGGCCACAGCUGUCCUCCAAGAGCUAAGAAAAGACAAACCAUCAUGCAAGCUCUUGUAUGUGACACCUGAGAGAAUUGCUGGCAACCAAUCAUUUCUCGAGAUUCUAAAAUGCAUGCAUCAGAAGGGACAGCUGGCAGGUUUUGUUGUUGAUGAGGCACACUGUGUUAGCCAAUGGGGACAUGAUUUCCGGCCUGAUUAUCGGGGAUUGGGAUCUCUUAAGCAACACUUUCCAGGUGUACCUGUUAUGGCAUUGACUGCCACUGCAACCCAUGCAGUUCGCGAGGACAUAUUAAAUGCUUUAAGAAUUCCCCAUGCACUUGUUCUUGAAAGAAGCUUUGACCGACCAAAUUUGAAGUAUGAAGUGAUUGGUAAGACAAAGGAGCCACUAAAGCAACUUGGACAGUUGCUAAUUGAUCGCUUCAAGAAUCAGUGUGGAAUUGUUUACUGCCUUUCAAAAAAUGAAUGUGUUGAGGUCUCCAAAUUUUUGAAUGAGAAAUGUAAGAUCAAGACGGUGUAUUACCAUGCUGGCUUGGCUGCCCGCCAAAGAGUAGCUGUUCAAAAGAAAUGGCAUGACGGGGAGGUUCAUAUUGUAUGUGCAACUAUUGCCUUUGGAAUGGGGAUCGACAAACCUGAUGUUCGCUUUGUCAUCCACAAUACAAUGUCAAAAUCAAUCGAGAGCUAUUAUCAAGAAUCUGGAAGGGCUGGAAGGGAUAAUCUUCCUGCAGUUUGCAUUGCUCUAUACCAGAAGAAGGAUUUUAGUAGAGUUGUAUGCAUGAUAAGAAACGGCCAAGGAUAUAAAAAGGAAAGUUUUAAGACAGCAAUGGCUCAAGCCAAAAAGAUGCAACAGUACUGUGAAAUAAAGGUUGAAUGCCGGAGGCAAACAUUACUCAAACACUUUGGAGAAUCUUUUGACAGAAAGGUCUGCAAGUACGGAGCUAGCCCCUGUGAUAAUUGUCUCAAGACGGCAUUAUGAGUUGUUGCACGAUCAAUGUCAAGUCUGGUAUACUCUAACCAACUCCGAGGAGCAGUGCCUUUGGCGUUUUUGCCCUUUAGAUUUUAUCUUAAUGGCUUACCCGUUGAAAGGUCAAAGUCUCUUACUACGUCCUAGGUAACUAUUUUUUUUUUUUUUCAGACCUACAUAAAAGAAAAAUAUCUUUCCAGGAUGUACCAAAAUUUUGAAGGAAAAAAAAUGAAGGAACAAGCAAAAAUAAUUAAAUUAAAACACAAUU